AUGAGUGGUACAAUGCAGCUUGGUCUCUCUGAUGUGGAAAUUCUUCAACUGGACCCUAGAGUCACAGUUGAUAGUCUAAUUUCCAACAAUCAGUGGGAAGUACCAAUAUCUCUCCAACAAAUCCCUUUUUUCCAAAGCCAAGCCUUCACUUUACAGCUGCAAAAUAUCCCACCCCCUUCAUAUGCCUCAGAUAAAGUAGAAUGGUUCCCUAGUUCACCCAAUGAAUACUCUCAUAGGCUCACCAUGGACUAUUUUACUCCUCCCUCACUGGUUUUUGCUUGGGAUCAGCUUGUAUGGUUCAAACAUCACAUCCCAAAGCAUGGCUAUAUUGUCUGGCUAGCACUUAAAAAGAGACUUGCCACACUUGACACCAAGCCAAUGAUGAAGAAACACUACACCAAUGCAUGCUACCUUUGCCUUGCACACGAGGAAUCACUUGACCAUAUCUUCUUCAAAUGCCAAUUCAGCUCCAGAAUCUGGGAAAUUGUUCAACAUGCAGCUGGGUUUUACAUUAAACCUGACAGUUGGAAUGACUUGAUCACUUGGUGUGCUACAACAUGGAUGCAGGAUCACUUCAUCACUCACAAGCUGCUACUUUCAAGUGCAAUCUACUUCAUUUGGCAAGAAAGAAAUGCAAGAGCAUUUAGGAAUAAAUCUUCUCCACCUACUCAUGCUAUUCACCUCAUCAAAGGUUGCAUCAGAGCAAGAUUUUCCUCCCUUAAGCUAAAGCACAACUCAGACAUUAGGAGGAUUACUUCGCUGGAAGGAAUGCAUCAGUUAUUCUUACAAGGUUGUUCAUAUGCUCAUGGUCAGUCAUGGUUCCUACUGCAAUAG